GUACAGAUCGGUUACGUAGUGUUACAAGACCUUGCGACGCAGUCAGACGCAGUGUGUUCCCGCCCCUGUAGCAAACCGCGCGUGUUUAUAAAUACACAAAUACGCGAUUAAGCAAACAUCUUAACGAAAUAAAUAUAGUGAUGUUUAUUACUUAUCUAUAAAUAAAGUGUAAUUUAAAAGCGCACAUUUUAUUAUUUGCGGUUUGGUGGUUUGAAACAAAAGAAAAUUCGAGAAUCUACAGAGCGACCAGGGCGUUGUCACGAAACCCGUGCUCUUCGGGACCGAAAAAUAAAACAACGAAAGGAAACAAUUGAAGCACAACCCUGGCUCCGGAAAGAUGACAAUGGAGACUUGGGCAUUAACGACAGCGAUCACAGUAAUAUCGUUGGUUAUCACAGGUGUGUCUCCUCUAGAAUGCUACAAAUGUCUCAUCAACCCGUCGCAGGGAGAAAACUACAAAACGGCGACUAAUUUGUGCACUAACUUCGACUAUUCCGAUUCGUUCAUAGUGGACUGCCCGUUUUCAACAAUGUGCAUGAAGCAAGAUUUUCAUCUCGACAUACAAAACGGAGUGAGAAUAGAAGGAGUACUGCGAGAUUGUGCGCCGCAGAAGCACGAAUAUCAAGACUUCAAAAACGGGAAAUGGUCACCAAAGACAGAAGUAUUGGAGCCAUACAAAGAGGGGUGCUUCAGUGGCGACGACAAAGGAGAAAGAGUAACCACUAGCAGAUAUUGCUAUUGCCGGAGUAACCUGUGCAAUUCGACGCCGAGCACGAACCAUGAAGGUUACACUGACAUCAUGGGUGUCAUCCUAGUCUUCAACCUAAUGAAGUAUAUAAACAGUCUUAGGUAGUACAUAGUGUUAGUAGGCAAAAAUAUUUAGUCAUUUCGUGGUGAUAUGUG